AUGCCCGUUCUUGCUGACGUCCUCGCUGAAGACCUCAAAGCUCAAAAUGCCGAACCCUUCCUCAGCCGGCUGACACUCGAUCUAACCAAAAAACCGCCCGGAUUGAGUAAUUAAAAUCGGUCGAAACAGGCGUAUGUUUUUGCAGCAAACAUGUUAAAAUGUUUGUUUCGAAUCGAAAUUUCCAACUUUUUUGCUUUUAGUUUUUCGAAAAAAACCCGUGUGAAGGGGCUUUUCGAUCAGAGGCGCCAGGUGCAGCUGAAAGGGGGGUGUUUUUUAUUGAAAAGGAAAAAACAUUUUAUCCGAUAUUGUUAUUGGCCUGGGCUUUUAGAACAGGGCUGACUGAUUGUUGGGAAUGGAAUUUGUUUAUCGAAAAAAAGGUUUUUUGAUAAAUGAUUGAAUGAUUAAUUUGAGCUGUGGAAAGAAAGUUUUUGCAAUAUUUUGUUUUGUAAAGAAAGUUUUUGCCAUUUCUUAUAUUGUAAAGAAAGUUCUUUCGAUUUUAUGUUUUGUAAAGAAAAUUUUUGCCAUUUUUUUCUUUGUAAAAAAAGUUCUUGCAUUUGACUGGCAAAAUAACUAAAUUAAUGUCAUUUGUAUUACCUAAAAGAACUGUUUUUGUGACUAAUUCGCAUUAUUUACAAGAACAAAAAAGCAAUUGAUCAGACUGAUCUUUUAGUAAAAGUAAAGGGCGAAAGGAGUAAGGAAAUGGUGGUUGAACAUGUUUUGAAGGGUUAGAAAGGCUCGUUUUGUUUAUUUCAAACUGGCUUUGUGUUGUGUUUUUGUGGUUGUAAAGAAAGUUUUUGCAAAUUUUGUUGUCUGUUUUUUAUUUCUAAGUGUUUUUUUUAAAUAUGUCAUCAUGACAUAUUUUUCGAAUUUUUUAAAAUUUUUGUAUACGUUUUGAAAUAUGUCAUCAGGGCCCUUCACGAGGGGGGGGACGAGGAGGGGGGUAAUCAGAAAAAAAUUUCAAAAAAAAGUUAAACGUGGUCCCCCCCCUGUAGAUUUUUGGAAAAAAAAUUUUUCGACCCCCGCCCUCAGACCGAAUGAUUCCACCCGGCCCUACAUGUCAUCAUGACACAUUUUUUUAAAGUAAAAAAAAAUUUUUUUUUCUAUUUUUUUACUUUGAUUAUUUACUUUUUUCAAACACUUUAAAAAUAUGUCAUCAUGACUUUUAAAAUGUGUCAUGAUGACAUAUAAAAUAUGUCAUGACGACGCAUUUUUUAAAAUUUGUGAGGUUUUACAGCUUCAAAUUAUGCUUUAACGACUGUUUUAUUUAAUUUUGCAGCUUUUUAAGUAAUUUAAAAUAUGUCAUGAUGACACUUAAAAUAUGUCAUCUUGACACAUUUUUAGAACUUUACAAAACCGUUAUAUAUUGGCACUAAAAAACGGUUUUCAGUUAGAUUUGACUUGUUUUCCCAUAAUUUGAACCAUGUCAUCACGACGCAUUAAUUACAGAUUCCUCGCUCAAGCUGCCGCACGUUCGCCAGCCAUCGGCCGCGACCCUGCCACCCAAACAGAAUGGCACAUUCAAGCGAAGAGGUGAGUUAAUUACAUGUUUACAUCUUCGUUUCUUUAUUAUAACUUCUUCAUUUAUGUGUCAUGUGUAAACAUCGACUUGCUUCGUAAAGGUGUGACAUUGAAGUGUUUUUAUAGAUGUGGAAGUUGAGUGGAAGAUUUGUAAUGUAUUUUGCACUGAAAAUCUUCCACCAAACUUUCACUUUUAAAAAGUCUUAAAAUGGCCUAAAAACACGUUUUAAGAACUUUUUAGAAUUGGAAGUUGAGUGGAAGAUUUUCAGUGCAAAAUACAUUACAAAUCUUACACCAACCUUCCAUGUUUAAAAAGUGCCAAAAACGUGUUUUUAGGCCAUUUUAAGACUUUUUGAAAGUGGAAGUUGAGUGGAAGAUUUUCAGUGCAAAAUACAUUACAAAUCUUCCAUUUAAAUUCCACUUUUAAAAAGUGUCAAAAACGUGUUUUUAGGCAAUUUUAAGACACUUUAAAAAUGGAAGUUGAGUGGAAGAUUUUCAGUGCAUAAUACAUUAUAAAUCUUCCACUCAACUUCCACUUUUUAAUAAAUGCCAUUUCUUGCCUUCUAACGAAAAUUCUUGUCAUUUUGUGUUUUGUAAUGAAAGUUCUCGCUUAAUCUGACGUUUCAACCCAUAUUUCUAGUUUAUUUUGAUUAAAAAACAAAAAAAAACUGAUAACAAUGUUUAUGUGUAGAGCCCUUUGGGCAUUUAUUUUGUUUGAAAUAAGCCAACAAAUUACUUUUUUUGGGGGAAAAAAGCUGAACAUUGCUGUAAAUGACAGUUGUUCGAAUGUUUGUAACGAAAGUUUUUGCUAUUUUUGGACUUAUGCUAACUUUUGAGCUUACUUGAAAAAUGGAAUUUGAGUGGAAGAUUUGUAACGUAUUUUGCACUGAAAAUCUUCCACCCAACUUCCACUUUUAAAAGUUCUAAAAAUGCCCUAAAAACACGUUUUUAACACUUUUUGGGGGUGGAAGUUUGGUGGAAGAUUUAUAAUGUAUUUUGCACUGAAAAUCUCUCACUUACUUUUCACUUUUAAAAAGUGCUUAAAACUUGUUUUUAGGUCAUUUUACGGAAUUUCAUAAAUGGAAGUUUGGUGGAAGAUUUUUAGUGCAAAUUGCAUUACAAAUCUUCCACUCAACUUCCACUUUAAUAAGAGCCGUUUUUUGAACUGUAAACAAAGUUUUUUCUUUUUCAUCGUACAAAAAGUGUAAAAAGGUUUAUUCUGAGUAUACAUGACAGAUUUAUGACUAUUUUCAUAUUUUAGUCAGGCCAAGACGACGAAGAAGAAGGUCAUCUGAAGUGGAGUUUCUGGAGCGAACCCACUCUUUAUCAGACUGUUUCCACGAUUCAUCUGGCUCGGACGCGGAUUGUGAAGGCGCUAUGGAGUCGACAGAGACUUUAAACGGUAAUUUUUUUAUUUGAACAAAGGCUAUGGCACUUUAAGGAAAGUGGAAGUUUGAUGGAUGAUUUGUAAUGUAUUUUGCACUAAAAAUCUUCCACUAAACUUUCAUUUUUAAAAUGGCUUAAAAUGCCCUAGAAACAUGUUUAAGCAUUUUUAUAGGUGGAAGUUGUGUGGAAGAUUUUCAGUGCAAAAUACAUUACAAAUCUUCCACCCAAAUUCCACUUCGUAAAAAGUGAUAUUUUUGGUUCUGCAAAGAAAAUUCUUGUCGUUUUAUGGUUAUAAAGAAAGUUUUUGCUAUCUUAUACUAUUAACAAAAAUUUUUAAUCAUCUUUUCUUCUUGUAACAUCCAAAAGACAUCAAAAACCAAGUGUAAUAUCUCAUUCCCUAUCAUCUCACAUAUUCAAUUCAAACCUCAGCAAAGAAGAUUUUAACUACUUAUGUCUACGUUCUACACGCUUACAUUCAGUUCGAAAUUUUCAUAAAUGAGGCGGUAUUUGCUUGUGACAAAAAAACGGGUCGGAUUUCAGGGUUCACGUAAUUGAUACGUUUAGGGGGACAAUGACACUUUGUAGGUCAAAAUCUAGUGGAAGAUUAGACAAAUUUUGAAAAACGUGGUUGGAAAAGAUGGAGAAAUAGAUGGGGAAUUUAAAAUUGAGAUUAAAAUUUUAAAAAAUAGGAAGAAACUUUGUCUACAGGGCUUCUUAGGCUAGAUUUUGUUCGAUUUUUACUGGUUUUGAGAGGUAUCGCAGUACAUUUUUGCCAUUUUUUAUUAAAACGGCAAGCGGAAUUUAACAAGUAUAGCAUACAACGAUAGAGCAGUAGCUUGGGAAUUCAAAAUUGACAUUGAAGUUUUAAGAAAUACGAAGAAACUUUGUUUACAGGGCUUUUCAUGUCAGAGUUUUUUCAGACUUUAAGGGUUUUUGAGUGGUAUAGUAUUCAUUUAUGACAUUUUUUAUUAACAUUAAUAAAUAAAUUUAACCAACUGUGGUUGGAAAAGAUAGAAAAAUUGAUAGGGAAUUCAAGAUUGAGAUUGAAGUUUUAAAAAAUACGAAAAAACUUUGUUUACAGGGCUUUUUAUUCUAGGUUUUGUUCAGAUUUUAGGGUUUUUGAAGGUAAAGUCAUUCCUUUAUGCCAUUUUUUAUAAAUACUAGUAAAUAAGUUUGAAAAAAAAUAGUUGGAAAAGGUAGAGAAAAAGAUGGGGAAUUCAAAACUAAGGUACAAAUUUUUAAGAAAUACGAAGAAACUAUGUUUACAGGGCUUUUUGGUCUGGAUUUUGCUCGAUUUUAGGAGUUUUUGGGAGAUUUCGGGUAUUUUUUGAGGGUGGGGUAGGAAAUAUAAUAGGACAAAGCAUGGUAUUUUAGUCUAAGGCAUGGUAUUUGGUAUUGUAGGCUGCAAGGGCGUGGGGGACAUGGGGGAGGAGGUAACCCCUCAGAAAAAAAAUUUUGAAAAAAAGUUGAACGUGUUUCCCCCCUGUGGAUUUUUCCGACCCCUGUCCCCAGACCAAAAGUGCCCGCCUGGCUUUGAUAGUAGGGUAGGGAAAGGUAUUUUAAGAUAGGACCUGGUAUUAUAGGGAAUGGUAUUGAAGGGUAGGGAAAGGUAUUUUAAGGUAGGACCUUAUAUUAUUUUUUGGAUAGGGUAGGGUAGGGUAGGGUAGGGUAGGGUAGGGUAGGGUAGGGUAGGGUACGGUAGGGUAGGGUAGGGUAGGGUAGGGUAGGGUAGGGUAGGGUAGGGUAGGGUAGGGUAGGGUAGGGUAGGGUAGGGUAGGGGAGGGUAGGGUAGGGUAGGGUAAAGUAGGGUAGGGUAAGGUAAGGAUUAAUUGCAAUAACUAAGAUUGCUUAUAAUUUGUUUAGAAAAAGUUUAUUCGUUCAUAAUGUCAGUCGGCCCAAAAACGGCCGACUGAACGUGAAUAGAAUCCCACUGGGAAGGUGUGAAAAACUGACAGAAUAUGCAUUACGUUCUUUCAAAAGUCAAAAAAUUAAAACGGCUUUAAUGUCAGUGAAAGUGGUCUGGAUAGAUUAUUUUUUUAAUUUUUGAGGAUUUGUAAAGAAAGUUCUUGCCAUUUUUUUAUAAAAAUUGAAAAAUGUUAUAAUUCUGCUUAAAAGUUCACUUUGAUGGCGUUUCAUUAUCAGCUUUAUCAUUAUGAAAAGAAUUUAAUUAUGUCAUCAUGACACAUUUUUUAGAAUUGUCAAAAUAUGCUUGAAACUGCUAUUUUUAGAAAUAUCCGACAUUUUUUAAAAAAUUUUAGCCAUUUUUAUAUUUCCGUGGUCAUAUCACAUUUAUUUUGUCAUAUUUUUAUAUUAUACUGACGUUUUUUUAAGAAUGAGGACGUUCCAAGCAUCUCGACAGAAACAUGAGUUUACUGUCAGAGUCACAGGUAAUUUUUAAACAAUUUUGAGGAUUGUAAACAAAGUGUUUGCCUCUUUUUACAAUUUGAACAAUGAUAUUAGGUUUUAUAAGAAGUGGAAGGUUGGUGGAAGAUUUGUAAUGUAAUUUGCACUGAAAAUCUUCCACUCAAAUUCUACUUUUGAAAAAUCUUAAAAUAAUCUAAAAACACGUUUUUGGCACUUUUUAGAGGUGGAAGUUAGGUGGAAGAUUUUUAGUGUAAUUUGUACUGAAAAUCUUCCACUCAACUUCCACUUUUGAAAAGUGUUAAAAAUGCGUUUUUAGGCUAUUUUAAGGCAUUUUAAACGUGGAAGUUCAGUGGAAGAUUUUCAGUGCCAAAUACAUUACAAAUCUUCCACUUAACUUCCACUUUUUAAAAAGCGGCAUUUUUUGUUCUGUAACAAGCGCUCUGGUGCAAGAUUUACUUUUAUUACCCAAAAACCUUGUUAAAGUUCAUUUUCGACCAGGAAAAACAGUUCUUCGUUUUAAAAAGUGAAUUUUUUGGCUAUUUAUUUUGAUUGUUACAACAAAUUGGAAGAAGAAUCGUUUUUAAACAGCUUUAAUUUAACGAAAUUACCGUCGAAAACAAUAACAACGACUACUAUUUUCUAUCGUAUUUCAAACAAAAUUGUCGAAAAAUUUAGUUCCAGCCGUUUUUCAACAGACCUACUUUUUAAAUUUUCGAUUUUUGUCAUUUUUGGGGUCGAAAAGUAGUGGCAUUUUGUAAAGUUUGGCGAGAAAAAAGAGUUUUCAUCAAUUAGUUGGGACAGUCAUCGAUAACAUAGCCGAUGUUUUUGGUUUUUAUUUAGGUAAGAUGUUUAGUUUCUUACUUGGAAACGUUUUGUAACUUUAAAGCAUUGUAAAAAAGGGCAUAUAAUAGUAUGAUUGAUGUAAUAAAUUGUAUCAAUGGCUUUAAAUUGACCAAAAAAAGCAAAAAUUUAUAAGAAAAAAAAAUUUUUGGGUGUGACGGAGAUUUUGUCCUAUAACUUGUCACCCAGUGAUCAAAGGCUUUUAAAAUUUGGUUGACUUGUAGAUAAUACUAUGUAGUAUCUAUAUUUAAAACUGUAGGUCAAUUAAAUUUGUCGGUUUUAUGUUAUGAUAGUUUAAGGCGAGCUUUUCUUGAAAUUCUAGCUUUAUUGUGGUUGAUGACGGUUUUUAUCGUAUAACUUGUCACCCAGGUAUUGAAAUUAUAAAAAAAUUGUCUUGGCUUGUAGAUAAUACUAUACAGUAACAGUAUUUUAAAAUUUAGGUCAAUCAAACUUGGCAUUUUUAUAUUUUGACGACUUAAGUCUAGUCUUGCCCGAUUAACGAAUUUUUAUGUUUGGUGACAGUUUUAUCGUAUAACUUGUCACCCAGUGAUCAAAAGCUUAUAAAAUUUAGUUGACUUGUAGAUAAUACUAUAUAGAAUUAAUAUUUAAAAUUUGAAGUCAAUCGAAUUUGUCAGUUUUAUUUUAUGACCGUUUAAGGCUGGCUUUGCCUGGUUCUACCCUUAUUAUAUUUGAUGACAAUUUUUUUCGUGUAACUUAUCACUGAAUGGUCGAAAUUCUGAAAAAGUGUCUUGGCUUGUAGAUAAUAAUAUGUAGUAUCAGUUUGUAAAUUUUUAGAUCAUUUAAAGCUGUCAUUUUUGUUUAAUAAAGGUUUAAUAAUUCUAGCCUUGCCUGAUUCUGCUUUUAUUAUUUUUGAUGACAAUUUUUUUCGUAUAACUUCUUACUUUUCUAUUGAAAUUUUGUAAAUUUUUGGUGAAAUACGGCCAUUACUACUGACUACUACCACAAAGGAUUUUAUGUCUGUCAGUUAAGUUUUGACACCGUUAUAAAUAUUUUAGUUCAGUAUAUUAUCAUCAUUUUCAAGCUCUUAAUAAAUUGAUGUCUAACUUAAAAAAUACUAAAUUCCGUUUAAAAAACAAAUAGUUGUAGUUUUUUUAAACUCAAAACGUAAAUUCGAGGCAAUUUUAGUUCGAAAAUUAUCUCAUUUUUCAUUCGAAACGAGCUCCCGAAACUUUUAAUCAAGUUUGUUUUUAUCGAAACCGUUUGAAUAUUCAAUCUUUUUCUUGGAUCAAGGUGUCAUUUUACUUGAUAUUAACUAAACUUGCUUUAAUAUAUAUCCGAACUGCUUUUCUUUUUAAUAACCGUAUGUUAUAGUAUCGGUGUUUGGAGUAAAUGAGUUGUUUUUGGCUAAAAAUGAGGUUUUAUGAGCUGUUGGUCAUGAAUAAUAUGAAUGAUGGGGUUUGAAGUAGUACACGUGUUUUUGGGGUUAAUAUUGGUAUUUUGUGCAUUAAAAAUGACAUAUAAUUCAGAUUAAAAAAGGGAUUCUGAAUUUUUAGCAGCGGACAUGUUUCAUCGUAUAACAUGUCUCUCUUUCGCAGAUCGAAGGAGUCGGCCAGACUUUUAGCUCCAAAAAUAUUCUUCCUGGUCCAAAAUCCCUUUUUAGCUUCUAAACAAUCCGUUUUGUCAACAAAAUUGUGUCAAUACUUUUUGAUUCACCAACAGCUAACUGUUUUCCCAUCAAAAAUGACCUUGUCUUGCUCUCUCAUUGAUGUUGCUUCGUCAAACAACUGUUUUUUACACAGUUUCUUUAUCAAUAACCCAGCCCAAGUAUGUCCAUCUCAAUUUCACACAUAUUUUACCAUGUUUUGGAAAAGAAUUUGAUAAUUUAAGCCUCGAAACGUUACGAAUUCUGAUGAAUAAUAUCAAAUUUUUUGAGAAAUUUAGUGUUUUUUAGUGUUUUGACAAGAUUUUUGGCCAAGUUCUGGGUUGGAAAAGGAAGUUGGGUCGUUAUAAUGAAGCAAUUUUAAAUUCAAGUUAUUUUGUUAUCAAAACACUCGAAAUUUCAUAUCGUUUUUGAGUUAAAAAUAUCAAAACAAGGAAAGAAUGCCUUUAAAACCAAGAAUCUUUAGGGUUUUUGCCCAGAUUUCUUGGAUUUCACGCUGAUUUCUUACAAUUUUAGGUAACAAUAAUAUAUUUUCAGAUGCUCCAAAGGCUCAGUUUGUAACUCGUUUAUAUAAAAACGAUCACUGUGACGCCACAUAUCCACUUCUUCCACCACAAUCACCUCAAAACAUUCCUCGGCCGUUCUGGGCAAAAUUGGCACAAGCUCAACAGAACGGCACGCCAGCAGACUGGAGUCCCCAAUUGUUCAGGGUUGUAAAAACUGUUCAGGAAGCUAGGAUGGUAUGUAUUUUAUUAUGUUGUUGUGGAUUGUGGUUUAUAUUGGAUUAUAUUGAUGUUGGGGUUGAGGUGUUACUUACUUUUCUGAAUAUCUCUAUGAUAAAUAGAGUAGGUUAAAUGAAAUUUUGUGGAAUUAUUUAAGUUUUAAUUGUUUUGAUUUGUGUAAAUUUUGAAGUGUUUGGGUCCAAGGAAUUUUGAGAUACGCGAUAUUACACUAAGCGUUUAUGUGUCAUAUGGGUUUUUGCUAUAGCUCGAACAUUUUUUGAUUGAAUGAAAUGAAAUUUAAAAAAUAUAUUUGAAUUUAAUAUAACCUGUUUUAUGUCAAUUUUCAAGAGUUUUAGAUAUUAACUUUCUGAGAUACGAAGCUUUAAAUUUCUCAGUACCUAACACAAGAUAUUACAUCAACAUUUUUCAAAAAAUUGUGCCAAAAUAAACAUAAAAGCGAAUGAAUAAUAGUGUAAACAAAUUAUUGAUGUAAUCUAAUAUCUACUUUACGUGUUUUAGCCAUCAGUAUCACCGGAAAAUGGCUUGGAUUACGGCCAAAGAAUACGCUCGAAAAUGUCCACCGAUCUGCCAAUGGGACGAUAUUUCUCGGACGGAAGGCUGAUCGACUAUGUUCUGGCUUAUGAUUUGGACAGUGCUGAUGAGGAGAGUCUUAACAAUGAGAAGAUUGAGGUAAUCUUUUUUAAUUUACAUUUGUUUUUGAGGAUUUUUAGGUUUCAAUGUAUUUUGGCAUGGAUAAUAUUGGAAAACGAAGGAAAACUGAAUGAAGACGAAGUUUGGGCUAAAAUAAUAUUAGUUUUUUAUAAAAUACGCGCUAUAAUCCAACGUCUUAUAUUUUUCAAAAGCAUCUAACUUUAAUUUUUCAGUUUGAGCCAUUUUCCUUACCAACAUCCGCACCAUCAGCUCAGAAUCACCAAACCAAGCUGGAAAAACGCAAAAUUUUUGAACACAAUUUAAAAAUCUUGGGCUUAGAACUUGAAUACACGUUUGCCAAACAUUCUCGGAUUGGAUUUGUGUUGAUACAUGCACCAUUCAAGGUGUUAAUGAAGCAAGCCGAGCUUCUGAAGCUCAAAAUGCCGGUUUAUCAGAAUGACGUCAAGAAGGUUGGUUUUUUAGGUAAUAUUGGGGCUUUUAUUGACUGGAAUUGGUAUUUGUGGAUAGUAGAGAAGAUAGAAAAGGUGAUAAAGUGAAUUUUGAAUUUAAGAUUUUAGUGUAAAAUACGGAAAAGACCUUUAAAUUGAUGAAUUUUGAGAAUUUUAAAUAAUAUUUCUAUCUCUACAAUAAUAUAUUGACGAACUGAAUAUAAUUUAUGAUAUUAACGAAAAGAAAGGCUUUUAAAUUGUUUUAAGGGCAUGAUUUUUUGAUUUCAAGUUGAUCAACAUCAAUUAUGGCCAAAAAUUAUAUUGACAGCCAUUUUUUUAUCGAUUUUUUAAAAUUUUUUAAUUGUUAUGCUAAUAUUAUGAUAGAUAUGGAUUUAUUUUGUUUAUAUUAUUAUCUAGCAGGAUUUAAACUAUGGUUUAAGUAGAAAAAUGUUUGAUUUAGAGCUUUUAUCUUUUGUGAAAAAUUAAUUUUAACGGAUGUUAAAGGUAAUUUUCACGACUUUUAAAGCAAUUUUUGAUGCUUAUGUCAAUAUUUUAGUGUGUUAGUGCUUGCUUUCAAUGAGUUUUUUAUAGUUAUAAUGUAGAAUGUUGUUUUAACUUUGUAUACUUUAUAUAUUUUGUCACUUUUAGCACGCCAAUCUCAUGGAUGGAGCUGUGAACGCUUUCCUGAAGCGUUUCAGAUUCCUGGAUUUUGAUGAUAAAGUGAAAGAACGAAUCGAAACCCGAGACUACUUUUGCCAACCCUUCAUAGAACAACAUCUGGAAUGUUUUGUGAAUCACGAGAAUCCGGAAGCCUUCUUCUCCCGAGCCGAACGCUCCAGAAUGGUGUACGAUCUUCUGAUUCGAACACGCUACGAUCUGAAGGAAACCGGAGACAAAUAUCGAUUCGGAGUGGAGAGAUUGGUCAAGAAUAAGACGUACACGGCUUGUUAUCCUCUGCAUGAUGAGAUCUCGUACUAUAAGGGGGAGAAGUACGAAGCUACAACCUGUAGUGAUAGACAGUUGUUGUUUGAGAAUUGGGUUAAGGCUGGUAAUGUGUGGAAGUAUCAACCGUUACAUCUGAUUAAGUAGGUUUAUAUUGGCUUCUUUAGGUUGAAUCGAUUUGAAAUUUCAAAAAAAUUAAAAUUUUGAAAAAAAAAUUUUUCUUUUGAAAUUUUGAUAAAAAUUUAAAAUUAUAAAAAAAUUUAAUUUCAAAAACUUAAGAAACUAUUUCGGCACGAAAAUCGGCUUCUACUUUGCAUGGCUUGGAUAUUACACUAGGUUCUUGUACAUCAUAUCGAUCAUUGGAGUUUUAUGUGUGUUAUACGGGAUUGUCACCAUUAAUACUGAUGUUCCGAGGUAAGAAACAUUUAAAAUGUCUUAAAAUGGCCUAAAAACGCGUUUUUAACUCUUUAUAAGAAUGGAAGUAAGGUGGAAGAUUUGUAAUGUAUUUUGCACUGGAAAUCUUCCACUUAACUUCCAUUUCUAAAAAGUCGUAAAAUAGCCUAAAAACGCGUUUUUAACACUUUUUGGAAGUGGAAGGGCUCUACACAUAAACAUUGUUAUCAGUUUUUUUUUGUUUUUUAAUCAAAAUAAACUAGAAAUAUGGGUUGAAACGUCAGAUUAAACGAGAACUUUCAUUACAAAACACAAAAUGACAAGAAUUUUCGUUAGAAGGCAAGAAAUGGCAUUUAUUAAAAAGUGGAAGUUGAGUGGAAGAUUUAUAAUGUAUUAUGCACUGAAAAUCUUCCACUCAACUUCCAUUUUCAAAAUGUUGAAAUUGGGUUCAGAAUUAUCUAAAACUACUUGUAAAAUUAAUUUCUAUUGAUUUUUUGUUACAGUAAUCAAAUCUGCAACAAAAACGAGGCGGGUAAAGUGUUAAUGUGCCCCAUCUGUACCAAAUUCUGCGACUUUACUCCAUUGUCAGCUAGCUGCCUGUACUCAAAGAUUACCUACAUCUUUGACAAUAGUGCCACAAUAUUGUUCGCUGCCAUUAUGUCGAUAUGGGCCACGUUAUUCCUGGAGGGAUGGAAGCGGUAUCACGCCGAAUUGGCUUACAAAUGGAACGUUUUCGACUUUGAGGCCGAGGAAGAGGUUCUGCGGCCCGAGUUUCAGUUCAGAAAAAGUCAACAAAGAGUGAAUCCGGUGACGCAGGAGAAGGAGCCAUACAUUCCUAUAUACGAGAGGAUAUUCAGGUUUAGUUGCUCUGGAAUUACUGUGCUAUUCUUUGUAAGUUUUUUUUGGUUUUUUGAGCUUUUUUUUAGAGGUUUUGUGGGUGAAUUUUUAAGAAAAACGGCCAGAAAAUGACAUUUUAAAUAGUAUACUGGACUUACAAGUUUAUCAUGGACAUUUUUAUAAUAUAGUAAUGAAUAAUGACUUAAAGCGAGAAUUUUGAAAAACAUUUUUGAAUUUUAAUUUUGGCGGGCUUUCGGCAAGAUCUUGGCAUUGCGUUGCAAGGUCAGGAAAUGAAGUUUACUGAUUAUAUUUACUGUGUAGAAUAAUUUUUGCUAACUUUUUUGAAGUAUUUACACUUUUAACUAUAAAAAUUUUUUAAUUUUAAUUUUGGCGGGUUGUUGACGAAGUUUUGGCAUUAUGUUGCAAGUAUAAAAAAUGACUUUUAUCAUUGGCUAACAGUAAUAGCAGAAAUUUUUGAUAUUUUUCGCGAUUUUUUAAUCAAAGAUUUGAAUUUUAGUUUUGGCGGGCUUUUUUUUGAAGUUUUGGUAUUAAGUGUAAUACGUUUAUAAAUUAUUGUGUUUUCCAAUUUUUAUAUUAAAACAAAGGCUCGUAUUUUACAAUUAUCUUUCAGUUAUGUUUGGUAAUAGCACUGGUGGUCGGAAUUGUGGCGUAUCGUGUCAUCGUACUACAGGUAUUCUUCUCAUGGGGCGACAGUUUCAAAACCAAGGCUUUCAUUUUAACGUCCGUUACGGCCGCUUGCAUCAAUUUGGUCUUCAUUUUGAUAAUGAAUUAUGUAAGUUUGAAAACAAUGGCAAGAACUUUCUUUACAAAACAAAAAGUAGCAAGAACUUUUUUUACAAAACAAAAAAUAGCAAAAACUUUUUUUAUAAGGAAAAAAAUGGCAAGAACUUUCUUUACAAAACAAAAAAUGGCAAGAACUUUCUUUACAAAACAAAAAAUGGCAAAAACUUUCUUUACAAAUAAAAAAUGGAAAGAACUUUCUUUACGAACUAAAAAAUAGCAAGAACUUUUUUUACAGAACAAAAAAUAUCAAGAACUUUCUUUACAGCCUUAAAUAUUUUAGGUAUACAGCUCACUGGCCUUAAAAUUGACCGAAUGGGAGUGUCCAAGAACCCAGACUGAAUUCGACAAUAGUUAUACGUUGAAAGUGUUUCUGUUCCAGUUUAUCAACUUUUACUCUUCAUUGUUCUACAUUGCUUUUAUUAAGGGAAAGUAAGUGGCUUUACAAUGUUGGGAUUGGGGGUUGUUUUGUAAAAUACGGGAUUUUUCUCUUUUUGCUUUUACACAGUGUACGGUAGAAGAGAAAACAGUGGAAAAUUUAUCCCUAACCUUUCUUCUAUCACUAUUUAAGCUAAUAUAGGCUUGAGAUUACUGUAACAACUAAUAUUGCACGUUGAAAGGUUACGGUAGGUGUAGGGUAGUACGGUAGAGGCGGGUAGGUAAAUUAUGUUAAGGUAGGGUAUGGUAGAGUAGGAUAGUGAAAGGUAGAGUAGGGUAGGGUAGGCUAGAGUAGUAUAGGGUAGAGUAUGGUCAGAUAAGGUAGGGUUGGACCAUUUUAGGCUUACAAUGACUUAUGUUAUACUUAAACCUUUUAGAUUCUCAGGCCCUCCAGAGCAAAACAAUGAAAAUGUCUUGGCUAAACUACCCGGUACUACAGUACCAUCAUCCGAAGGCACGUUUAAGAUCUUUGGGGCAAGACUAGAAGAUUGUGAUCCAGCUGGAUGUAUGGUGGAGUUGGUAAUACAACUUUUCAUCAUCAUGUGUGGUAAACAGUUUUUCUCGGCCUUUAUGGAGAUUGGAUAUCCGUAAGAUUUUUAAAUUUUAAAAAUAUCUGUUUUAACUGAGGGUUGGAAAGAAAGUUUUUGCCAUUUUUUGUUUUGUAAAGAAAGUUCUUGCCGUUUUUUGUUUUGUAAAGAAAUUUCUUGCUAUUUUUGGUUUUGUAGAAAGUUCUUGCCAUUUUUUGGUUUUGUUAAGAAAGUUCUUUUAUUUUUUUGGUAUGAAAGUUCUCGUCAUUUUAUGUUUUGUAAAGAAAGUUCUUGCAAUUUUCAGAACUAUCAUGAAUAUUCUCCGCCGAUGGCGCUUAAAACUGCCGAUGGAAAGUGAAAAACAAAAAGAAGAACGAAUGAGACAGGAAAGCCAAACAGCCAUUGAAAGAGAACCUCAUAGAGUUAGCUUGGUCGAGCGAGACUACUGUCUGAACUCGAUUGGGGAACAGUUUUUGUUCGAUGAGUAUCUGGAAAUGGGUAAGGCUACCCCCUACCCCUUACCACCUAUCCCCUACCUUUAACUUUCUACUCCUUACAUUCUAUCCUCUACUCCCUACCUAGACAUGAGAAACGGACCAACCCGGGCCUAAAUUUUUUUUACGUGGAAACGGGCCGGGCUCGACUCAUUUUUCAGGCCCGGCCCGAUCAAAGUUUUGUUCAAGGCUGGCCCGGCUUAUUUCUAAUGUCUACCCCCUACUCCUUACCUUGUACCCACUACCUUGCUCUAUCACGCCUUGAUAUAUCCUGCUUUAUUAUGCUCUACCUUACCGUAUCUUUCUUUUACAAUGUCAUCAAUUUUUAGUAAUUCAAUUUGGAUUUUGCACAUUAUUCGUCUGUGCCUUCCCAUUAGCACCCCUCUUUGCACUUUUAAACAACAUCCUUGAGAUCCGCCUCGACGCCUACAAGUUCAUAGUAACCCAACGAAAGCCAAUCCCCAUGCCAGCAAGAAAUAUUGGCAUCUGGAUGACCAUCCUCGACCUUUUGUCCAAACUCAGCGUCCUCUGCAACGCUUUUGUCAUCGCCUUCACCAGCGACUUUGUCCCUCGCAUGUUCCACUACCUCACCAACGAAGGAAGCCUAGACACCUACCUAGAACAAAGUCUGUCGUACUUUAACGCAACGGAAACAUUGAUCAUCAACAGCAAAUACCCGAACGUUACCCAGUGCAGGUACAGGGACUACAGACGACCACCGUGCAGUUUAGGACUGCGUGAUGAAGAAGGUCAAUGUGAUGAUUUGUACUCGCAUUCACACAAAUGGUGGAUGCUACUGGCUUUUAGACUGAUUUUUGUACUUUUAUUUGAGGUAAGAUGUGAUUUUAAGUCUAUUUUUGGCAAAAACGGUCGAUUUUGUGGUGAUUUGGAAAAUUUGACGAAAUGUCACAAAAAUUAUUGGAAAAUUAAAAUAGUUAAAAAUGAUUUUUAGAAAGCUUUCCGAUGUUUUUGAUUAUUUUUGAAAAUUUGACAAAAUGUCACAAAAAUUAUUGGAAAUUUAAAAAUGUUAAAAUGACGUUUUUUGUUGAGACAGACUGUAUAUGUGAUGGUAUGGAAAAACUUUUGAUUUGUUUUUAUGAUUUAAUGAAGUGUCACAAAAAUUAUUGAUUUUUAGUAUUGUUUAAAAAUGCUCUUUUUUGGGGUCAAAAAUAUGUUUUUAACGUAUUUCAUGAGUGAGUCAGUGCCGUUGACGUAUUUUACACAUUUUUCAAAAAAAAAAUUUUCAGCACGUAGUACUAUCAAUCAAAGCCAUAUUCGCCUAUGUUAUUCCGGACGUACCAACCAAAAUCAUGAUCCAACUGCAAAGAGAAAGAUAUCUAGCACGUCAAGCGGUCCUACAACGUACCGACACAUUCUCGAAUCCAAAUUCGAGUAGAAGUGAACAGCCUUCAGAUGCGGUUCAAACUGACCCCGAAGCUGUGGCUUAUCAAGGUGAAGAUGCGUUCGAAACGGAUGAUGUUGAUGACUUUGAAAGCGCUAAAGAACCGUCAGCGGCUUUAAGGUGGGUUUGUGGAAGGUUUGGGGAUGGUUUAAUGGGUUUUAAGGGAGUUGAAGGUUUUCGUGGUGGGACCUAAUUGGUCUUGACAUGAAAACUUGAAAGAGUGUUUUUGGGGUAUUUAGAAGGUUUGUAAAUCAUAUUUUGGGCAUUUUUAGGAGUCAUAGGGUAAUUUUCGUAAACAUUUUUGAUAAUUAAGGUUUUUGUUGCGGGACCAAAAUGGUCCCACCACGAAAACAUGAAACAUCAAGUUUUUAGUAUUUAGGCUGUAAAAUACGAUUUUACUAUAAAAAUGGUUAUUUUAAAUGUAUUUAAAAAAAAUUUUUGCAGAAGGAUGUACUCGGAUCGUAAAAAGCCGUCUCUAUCAUCAGCUGCCUCUUCAGUACUAUUCUCUCAACGAUUGCCAAUUCAAAAACCAACCUCUACUUAUCCGGAAACGUCAAUCUCAGCCAACGAACUUACCGACACUUCAAACUCACUUCAAGUCCCAAGCCAUCAUGGUGUGAAAGCGGGACCGACCAACAACUAUUCCAGUACUGACUCGUUUCACACAGCACCAAGUGUAAGAUCGGGGCCGCAAAGGGAUGCCAAGUUCAUUAAACGACCGGAAAUGGACACAUUGCCUUGA